ACUCCCAGCCGGGUGUGUACCGUGGAGUGCCGCGGAACUCUGGCGGAGUGCCGCGGGUGGCUGGUACGCUGAGUGCCGCGGGGCGCUAGUGGAGUGUCGGGCUGUGAGAGCUGGUGUGGCAGAGUGUCGGGCCUUGCGGUCUGGAACAGCGGAGUGCGUUGGUGCCGAGUGCCGGAGUGCGUGCACUGACGGUUCGACACAGACGGGAUGGCCGACUGCACCACCUGCUCAUCGGAGUGCGGCUGCCAGUGCUCGCAGUGCGACCGGCACGAGCUGCAGCUGCACCGCGAGAUCGAGGCUCUGAAGCAGCGCGUCAUCGAGCGCGACUUCCACAUCCUGCGGCUGGAGACGAACGUACUGCGCGAGGCCGAGCGGUACCCGCACGGAGAGGUCGGGGAGCUGCGCAGCCAGCUGGGACAGUGGCAGGACAAAUAUGACCGACUGCUGGAGGCGCACAAGAAACUGCAGCGGGUCAACCAGAAUCUGGAGGACAAGCUGCUGCGCAUCGUCGACAAAUACGAGACGGACAAGGCGGCGCUGAGCCAGGACGUGGCCAACCUGACCACGCACCUGGUCUCGGCGAGAACCGAGCUCAACAGGCACAGAGACCUCAGUGAGCGGUACCGCAGUGACCUCCACCUGGCCAUCCAGCUGCUCCAGUGCAAGCCGUCCACCUUCAUCUCUCGGCGAUUGGAGACGCUGCCGGUCGAUCUCCAGCAGAAGGUGAAGUCCUGCCUGAACAGCCACCAGAAGGAGCAGCAGCAGCGCAAGCCGGACUUCAAGGUGAUCCGGGUGCCCAUCUCGACGUUUCCGCCCACGGCCAUGGUCUACGCCGUCGAUAAGGCGGGCGAAGCGGAGCCGCCGCCGGAGCCGGACGUGGCCGAGGACGAGCGCGUCUCGGCGGCCAUCCUGGCGCGCGUGCUGGAGGAGCGUGAGCGCGAACGGUCGGCCGGCUGCUCGUGCGGCGCCGGCGGGCUCGGGCCGCGGCUGGUGGACGUCUCCUGUCAGACGCAGCCGACCCACAUCGGUGACCGGGACGCCGUGUGCCAGCCGUUCGUGUUCGAGCCGGGCGGCCGGCGCGGCGGCGGCGCCGAUCCCGAGCCGGCCGCGCUGCGCCAGACGGUGGUCAUCGGCCGACCGCGGCCGGCGCGGCCUGUCAGCGGCGAGCCGGCGCCGUGGUGGCCCGCCGCCGAGCCCGCCGCCGACCCGGCCGUCUGGGACAACAACUUCGACUUCAGCCCGCCGCGCAGCCGCGCCGAGUCGCACCGCACCGAGUCGGUCAGCUCGUCCGAGUCCAUGUCGGCAGCGUCAGCCGGCGCCCUGUCGGCGGCCGCCCUGCGCAUGGAGACCCGGAUCUAGCCCCGGGGACGGACCGGCCGGUCCGGGCCGGCGCUCUCACAACGAACCCGCUCCGGGACUGGGACUCGGUACCGCGCCGUGUGAACUCUGGUGUGAAAGCUGCCCAGACCUCCGCGGCACCGCUCCCACCCGUGCCGUCACUGGUGAGUAGUGAUGACGUCAGUGACGUGCCAGCAGGGCCGGGCCGGUAUCACGUCAGUACCUGAGACUGUCGCCGGCUGCGCUCCGUUUCAGGAGUGGUCCGCUCAGUGUAGGCGUCUGGCCGGGCCGGGGGGCCUCAGCGCCGACCGCGCCCCUUCACCAGUGUGUGGUUUGACGCUUAGGGUCACAGCUCGUUUGAUGCCCAGGGUCACAGCCCGCCACCCGCCGCCUGCUUCCUCUGACGGUGUCGUGGCCUGACGUGCACCGUUUGAGCACGGCUGGGGGCAGUUACUGACAGAGAGGCAGAGUUUCUGGCAGUCCUAGGAGGGGUCCUGGUGCGGCUGCAGGCGGGGAAUAGAACCCAUAGGUGCUGCGGCGUGGUGCGCUGCCUGGCGAGAAUAUGCUCUUUGGUGAGCCGACAUUCCUAAGGAUCACUGCGAAAUGUGUGUAUUUUCGGUCUGGAAUGGUUCCUGUGCUGCCUGCCUAGCAUAAUUGCCUGACGUCCUCAUGACUGACAUCGCUGGUGUUUUGCCUGUACGAACUGCAAGAUGCUGUUUUCCUGUCGGGCUAGCUGAGACAUUAGACAUAUCUUGCAGUUUGUGUCACAAAAUGUGAACUUGGUGCGCCAGAUUUCACAUGAGCUUGUGAGCGGUGUGUCCGCUGCUUUAGUUUUCAGCCGAGUAUGUAACUUAGUUCCCUAUUUGACGUGGGCCCGAGUUCAGGCCCAGUCAUGGAGAGGGCGACCUCAACUCUCGCCCGGACCCCGUAUCGUGAUCUGUGACUGUCGCCUCUCCGAGUCGCGGCCGGACGAGCGGCCUAAUGACGGAACUGAGCCAGUCCGUACCUCUAGAUCUAGACCGACCGUACGACCCUCCCUUCCUCCCUGUUAGGAGGCAGGCUAAGGCCAGAGUCAGCGACUGGGACAGGGUUCCGCGCCGACGGAGUACCUCGUUUGGUGUUUUUUCUCCCGGGUGGCUGCAAUUGCUGAGUUUGUGCGCUGUGACGCCGCACGGCUCGGGCGGCUCAGUUGUAGUUGUGCCUAUUUAUUGCGCCCGGCCGGCCGCGCUCGGGUGUUCCAGGGAGCCGUUUAUUUUGUUGAAUUGCUCUGGCGCCGCGUGGGGCCCGUCUGAACGGAUAUGUCGUGCCAACGCGCCGGUAUAGAGUGUGUAUUGUGUCGUAAACAGCGCUGACCAUUACAUCCUAUCAUGGACACACGAUCACGGAUAUGUUGAAAUACAUAUGAACUGCACAUU